GGGCCGGGGCUGCCAAGAAUCUGUACCAGAACAGGUUUUUAGGCCUGGCCGCCAUGGCAUCUCCAUCUAGAAACAACCAGAACAGGCGCCGCUGCAAGGAGCCACUUCGCCACAGCUACAACCCCAGCCAGUUCCACAGCAUGGCCAUCAGGACCGGCCCCCAGGGCACCGUCACCAUCCCCCGCUCCACCAGCGACACUGACCUGGUUACCUCUGACAGCCGCUCCACGCUCAUGGUCAGCAGCUCCUACUACUCCAUAGGGCACUCCCAGGACCUAGUGAUCCACUGGGACAUAAAGGAGGAAGUGGACGCUGGAGACUGGAUAGGCAUGUAUCUCAUCGAUGAGGUAUUGUCAGAAAACUUUCUGGACUAUAAGAACCGUGGAGUCAAUGGUUCUCAUCGGGGCCAAAUCAUCUGGAAGAUUGAUGCCAGCUCUUACUUUGUGGAACGUGAAACUAAGAUUUGCUUCAAAUACUACCAUGGAGUGAGUGGAGCCCUGAGAGCUACCACCCCAAGUGUCACGGUCAAAAAUUCAGCAGCUCCUAUUUUUAAAAGCAUUGGCUCUUAUGAAACUGUCCAGGAGCAAGGAAGUCGGAGGCUGAUCAGCUUUUCUCUCUCAGAUUUCCAGGCCAUGGGGUUGAAGAAAGGGAUGUUUUUCAACCCAGAUCCUUACUUGAAGAUUUCCAUUCAGCCUGGGAAGCACAGCAUCUUCCCUGCCCUCCCUCACCAUGGGCAGGAGAGGAGAUCUAAAAUCAUAGGCAACACUGUGAACCCCAUCUGGCAGACGGAGCAAUUCAGCUUUGUGUCAUUGCCCACUGACGUGCUGGAAAUUGAGGUGAAGGACAAGUUUGCCAAGAGCCGCCCCAUCAUCAAGCGCUUCUUGGGAAAGCUUUCAAUGCCGGUUCAGAGACUCCUGGAAAGACACGCCAUAGGGGAUAGGGUGGUCAGCUACACACUCGGCCGCAGGCUCCCAACAGAUCAUGUGAGUGGACAGCUGCAAUUCCGAUUUGAGAUCACUUCCUCCAUCCACCCAGAUGAUGAAGAGAUGUCCCUGAGUACCGAAGCUGAGUCAGCGGGCAUUCAGGACAGCCCCAUGAACAGCCUGGUGGCGAGCCACCCUGGGGACCCUCUGCAGGAUGCACCAGAGCCCUCGGGAAGCUCCGGGUCAGAGAAGCCCAGGGAGGGCAGCGCCCUGGGCACUGAAGGGAACGCGGGCCUGGGGCUUGCCAAGCCCGCGGAGGAAGCGGCAGGUACCACCGAGGCAGGAGACGACCUCGACACCGUCUCUGUGGGACCUGAUGGGGCUGGGGAGCUUCUGGGCCUGGGGCGAGAGGACACCGAGCCCACGCUGAGUGCGGAAGAGGUGGCCGAGGGGCUGGCCCUGGGCGGGGAGGCGCCCCCGCCGGAGCUGCUGGAGGACGGUGAGGCCCAAACCUGCACUGGGGAUCCUGUGGCUGAGGAAGCGGCCCACGAGAGCAGGGCCGGGGCGCAGGAGGAAAAGGGGCCGGCGGAGGAGGAGGCGGAAGAGGGGGAUGGCAGCGUGCCUGCCCUGGCACCCCCGGGGGACAGGCUGCAGCUGCGCGGCGCCUCGGUGAAGAGGAAGAACAGGCCCUGCUCCUUGCCGGUGUCCGAGCUGGAGAACGUGAUCGCGUCGGCCUGCAGCGACCCGGAAACCCCGCGAACGCACUACAUACGCAUCCACACGCUGCUGCACAGCAUGCCCCUGGUCCAGGCUGGCAGCCCCGGGGAGGACGACGGCGCGGAGGAGGAGCCCACACUCAAGGACACCGCGGAGAAGGAUGGGCUCAGCGACGGGGACACGGUGGCUGCUGAGCCGCCUGCCCCGGAAGAGGGUUUUGAGGAUCCCGAGGGGGCUCCUCUCGGUACGGUGGCCCCCGGCCUCCCCGGCCUGGCCAACAGCUCGGCCCUGGAUGGCGACACGCACCCCAGCACGGGCAGUGAGAGUGACUGCAGCCCCAGGCAAGGCGGGGACCACAGCUUCGAGGGCUGCGACGCGUCCUGUUGCAGCCCCUCCUGCUACAGCUCCUCCUGCUACAGCACGUCCUGCUACAGCAGCUCCUGCUACAGCAGCUCCUGCUACAAUGGCAACAGGUUCACCAGCCACACCCGCUUCUCCUCCAUGGACAGUGCCAAGAUCUCCGAGAGCACCGUCUUCUCCUCGCAAGAGGAGGAGGAGGAGGAGAACAGCGCGUUCGAGUCGGUGCCGGACCAGGUGCAGAGCCCAGAGCUGGACCUGGAGUCUGUGAACGCUGCCGGGCCGUGGCACGACCAGCCAGCCGCCCCCACCGGGAGCAUGAACGAGAGUGUGGCAAGAACCGUGGAUGGUGUGGAAUCCCCCAUGGCAGGGCCAAGCCAUCGGAGAGAAGGUGAAUGUCCUAUACUCCAUAAUUCCCAGCCAGUAAACCAGCUUCCUUCCUUGAGGCCUGAACAUCAUCACUACCCAACAAUCGAUGAGCCUCUUCCACCAAACUGGGAAGCUCGCAUUGACAGCCAUGGGCGGGUCUUCUAUGUGGACCACGUGAACCGCACGACCACCUGGCAGCGUCCCACAGCAGCAGCCACCCCGGAUGGGAUGCGGAGAUCAGGGUCCAUCCAGCAGAUGGAGCAACUCAACAAGCGGUAUCAAAAUAUUCAGCGAACCAUUGCCACAGAGAGGCCGGAAGAAGAUUCUAGUAGCCAAAGUUGUGAGCAAGUCCCAGCAGGAGGCGGCGGAGGAGGUGGUGAGAGUGACUCAGACACUGAAUCUUCUCAGUUGAGCUUAGAUCUGAGGAGGGAAGGGUCACUUUCUCCGGUGAACUCACAAAAGAUCACCUUGCUGCUGCAGUCGCCUGCGGUCAAGUUUAUCACCAAUCCUGAAUUCUUCACUGUACUGCAUGCCAAUUAUAAUGCUUACCGCGUCUUCACCAGUAGCACCUGCUUAAAGCACAUGAUUCUGAAAGUCCGGCGGGAUGCACGCAAUUUUGAACGCUACCAGCAUAACCGGGACUUGGUGAAUUUCAUCAACAUGUUUGCAGACACGCGUCUGGAAUUGCCUCGGGGCUGGGAGAUCAAAACGGACCAGCAGGGAAAGUCUUUUUUCGUGGACCACAACAGUCGAGCGACCACUUUCAUUGACCCCCGAAUCCCUCUUCAGAACGGCCGUCUUCCUAAUCAUCUGAUGCAUCGCCAGCACCUCCAGAGGCUCCGCAGUUACAGUGCUGGAGAGGCCUCAGAUGUCUGUAGAAACAGAGGAACCUCUUUUAUGGCCCGGCCAGGACACAGCCUAGUAGCUGCUAUUCGAAGCCAGCAUCAACAUGAGUCAUUGCCACUGGCAUAUAAUGACAAGAUUGUGGCAUUUCUUCGCCAGCCAAACAUUUUUGAAAUGCUGCAAGAGCGUCAGCCAAGCUUGGCAAGAAACCACACACUCAGGGAGAAAAUCCAUUACAUUCGGACUGAGGGUAAUAAUGGACUUGAAAAGUUGUCCUGUGAUGCAGAUCUAGUUAUUUUGCUGAGUCUCUUUGAAGAAGAGAUUAUGUCCUACAUCCCCCUGCAAGCUGCCUUCCACCCUGGGUACAGCUUCUCUCCCCGCUGUUCACCCUGCUCCUCACCUCAGAACUCCCCAGGUUUACAGAGAGCCAGUGCAAGAGCCCCUUCACCCUACCGGAGAGACUUUGAGGCCAAGCUCCGUAAUUUCUACCGAAAACUGGAAGCCAAAGGAUUUGGUCAGGGUCCAGGGAAAAUUAAGCUCAUCAUUCGCCGAGACCACUUGUUGGAAGGAACCUUCAAUCAGGUGAUGGCCUAUUCCCGGAAAGAGCUCCAGCGAAACAAACUCUACGUCACCUUUGUUGGAGAAGAGGGCCUGGAUUACAGUGGUCCUUCGCGAGAGUUCUUCUUCCUUUUGUCUCAGGAGCUCUUCAACCCUUACUAUGGACUCUUUGAGUAUUCUGCAAAUGAUACUUACACGGUGCAAAUCAGUCCCAUGUCUGCAUUUGUGGAAAACCAUCUAGAAUGGUUCAGGUUUAGUGGUCGUAUCCUAGGCCUGGCUCUGAUUCAUCAGUACCUGCUUGACGCCUUCUUCACAAGGCCCUUCUAUAAGGCACUCCUGAGACUGCCCUGCGAUUUAAGUGACCUGGAAUAUUUGGAUGAGGAAUUCCACCAGAGCUUGCAAUGGAUGAAGGACAACAACAUCACAGAUAUCCUAGACCUCACUUUCACUGUUAACGAAGAGGUUUUUGGACAGGUAACAGAAAGGGAGUUAAAAUCUGGAGGAGCCAACACCCAGGUGACGGAAAAGAACAAGAAGGAGUACAUCGAGAGGAUGGUGAAGUGGCGGGUGGAGCGUGGUGUGGUGCAGCAGACAGAGGCCCUGGUGCGGGGCUUUUAUGAGGUCAUAGACUCUAGGCUUGUCUCCGUGUUCGAUGCCAGGGAACUGGAGCUGGUGAUAGCUGGCACAGCAGAAAUCGACCUAAAUGACUGGCGGAAUAACACCGAGUACCGGGGAGGUUACCAUGAUGGGCAUCUUGUGAUCCGCUGGUUCUGGGCCGCGGUGGAGCACUUCAAUAAUGAGCAGAGGUUAAGAUUACUUCAGUUCGUCACAGGAACAUCAAGUGUGCCCUAUGAAGGCUUUGCGGCCCUUCGAGGAAGCAAUGGGCUUCGGCGUUUCUGCAUAGAGAAAUGGGGGAAAAUUACAUCUCUACCCAGGGCACACACAUGCUUCAACAGAUUGGAUCUUCCACCUUAUCCCUCGUACUCCAUGCUGUAUGAAAAGCUGCUAACAGCAGUAGAAGAAACUAGCACUUUUGGACUUGAAUAAAGAAAUGGAAACUCGCCUGACAUUUUCCUGGACAGUGACACCACCCUUUCUGGAAAAAUCCCCCGUUCCCUCUCCCUUUCCCUGAAUCAACUCUUCUUUGAUGUUGGUACUUCAUGAUUUUUAUUUUCAAACCAAAUCAGAAUGGACAAGAGCUGUGCAUGAAGAACUGCCUUCUUCUAAGAUAUAACCUUCAGGCUUAUCUCCUCUAUUUUCAAUGAACUGCUAGCCUGUAUGCAAUAUUAAAAAACAGCUGUCUCAA